CUCCAGCAAACCCAGGACUCACACAUUCAUAUGGAGAUUAGAGAGUAUAAAUAGAGGAGGGAGUGAGAGAGAGCUCAGCACAGCUCAGAUGUUCUCCUCACAGACAGCAACAGAAGAAACACAGCCAUGGCUCCUACAAUCACUGCAUCAAUCAUCAACUCCAACAACCUUAUUCCACUUACUAAUAAGCUGAGAAAGCCGAUAGUGGAGAAGAUGCGUAGAGAACGUAUCAACAGCAGCAUCGAGAAGCUCAAGUCUCUGCUGGGUGGAGAAUUCCUAAAGCAACAGCCAGAUUCCAGACAGGAGAAAGCCGACAUCCUGGAGAUGACACUUUGUUUCCUGAGACAGCAGCAGCAGCCACACAAGGAGUCGAGCUGCUCCACUGUAGCUGAUGAAGGCUACAGCAGGUGUGUGCAGGAGGCCAUCAACUUCCUGUCUCAGUGUCAAGUACACACUCAGUCCCAGAGAAGACUGCUGAGACAUUUCCUCACCAUGCAGCCUUCCAUGGAGAAGAGCAGAAGUGUCGUUCCUCAGCUCAGUUCUCCAGCCUGCCAGAUCAGCAGCAAAGAGGAGACUCCAGUCUGCAGUGGUCUCUGGAGACCCUGGUAGAGCCACAUGGACACUUUACCAUUAGGAAACUAGCUUACAAAUGUCACAUUGGCAUUAACUAGGUUUUCCAUAAUGUGUAUGAAUAUUUUUGUCCAAUUUUACAUGGACAGAAUAUGGCAAGUUGCUUUCCUUAUUGGAAAGCAUGUGUAGAUGUUUACAUCACUAUGUUUUGUGAAACUUGAAAAAAUUGCACAUUCUAAGUAUGCAAGAAGAACAUAUCCUAAAAUAUUUUAUGUUUCUGUUUAAGAAACCACUUGCUAAUGCUUUUUAUAUGAACUCUUAUUGUAUAAGAAUUCUCUACUUAAAUCGUGUCAAAUGAUUUUAGUCUAGUUUAGUUUAUUUCAUCUGUUAUUCAGAUUUAUUAUAAAUAGUUAAGUGUACAAUAUCUGUGAUAUUUUUAAACCAGUGCUUUCCACUCCAGUGCCAUGCAACUGGAACAUUGUGACUGUAAGCAUUUAUGAUUUUCAAAACACCUUUUUUUAUUCUUGAGAAUAUAAUUAAUCCAGCUACAUUAGCUCUUAUAUUAAAUUCUUUGGUGAUUUAACUGCAGAUGUCAAUUUUUCCAGACUGGAAAGGUCCUGAGUUUGCCUUCUGUGAAGGUC